AUGCAAGCAAACGACAGGGUUCGAAACUUCGCGGAGGACAUCCAGAAAAUCAGAAUAUGGAACCGCAUAUAUGAGAGGAAGAUGGAGCUUUUUCAUUUGAAGAAGUUAAUUCAACAAGAAAUAGCAGGAACAUCAGGUGGCAUAGGGAAAGAGACCGAGGGUGGAGGAGGAAGAGGUCAAACGGAUUGGACGAACUUCAGUGUGGACCGCAAGGAAAGGGCACCGAGCAGUGGCAAUGCAGGUAAAAGCAAACUGUCCUUCUUUUUGACCCCCCCCUUAUCGUACGAUAACUAUUUUAAUUUGAAAAAAACUGAAAAGAAGAGCACGAUAAUGUGUAGGAAGGAAAGGGGGAAACUUCUAACGAUAAAGGAGUGUGCGAUGCCUGCAAAUGGUGAUCAUGGUGAGCGCAAAGAGAGUGGAAAUAGAAGGGAAAAAUGUUUAUCCAGUGGAAGAUUCUAUGCCAAGGGAGGAGUGAGUACAAAUGGUGAAGAAAACGUUCCGGUGAAGAGUGAGCAGAAGGAUGAAAAAACAAAUGUCAGAGACGCCCAGUGGGAGAAAAGGACAGUCACUCUUGAAAAAAAGAAAAACUAUUUUACCUGCAUGAGCAAGCAUCUUGAUGGUUACAUAAAGGAACAAGUAAAGAAAGGAGUGCCCGAUCACUUGAGAGGCUUCAUAUGGCAGAUAUUAGUACAGUCAUAUGAAUACAGAAAGGAGACUAACCUCACAGAAAAAAAUCAUACAAAUGAGAGAGAUAGUAGUACAUACCAAUAUUACUUGAGUAUAACUAACCAAUACGAAAAUACAAUCAAGAAAGAUAUGAACAGGACAUACCCCAAACACAUUUUAUUUAAAAAUAAUUAUGAACAAGGUCAGCAAAUAUUAUUUAAUAUUCUAAAGGCUUACAGUAAUUAUAACAAAAGCUUGGGUUACUGUCAAGGGAUGGCAUUUAUCGUGGCGACUUUUAUUCUUUACAUGAAUGAAGAAGAUGCUUUUUAUAUGUUGGUAGCUUUAAUAGAGAAGUACCAUCUGAAUGAUCUAUUCUCUUCCGAUAUGUCGUUACUAAAUGAGGAUUUGUUCAUCCUAGACCAACUACUACUUGUAUUCUUCCCAAAAAUAUAUUUCCAUCUGAGGAAGGAAAACGUACACUCGAGUAUGUUUGCCUCCCAGUGGUUUGUCACUCUCUUCUCCUACAGUAUUAGCAUCAUCUACGUAGUUAGGAUUUGGGAUUUUUUUUUUAUCUAUGGUCAUUCGUUUUUAUUUAAAGUGGCUCUGGCGUAUUUUAAGCUACAGGAGGAGGCCAUUCUGCGAGAAUCCUUUGAGGAAAUCCUGAACAGGUUAAAGGUUCUGUCUAGGCACGUCGAGCUGAACCCCCUUAUUGAUACAGCUCUGGGACUGGACCUACCCGAAGAAACCAUUGCACGCCUCUCUGCGGAAUAUCGCGCACGUAGUGGCAAAGUGGUAAGGCGGUAUCAGAAGGACGGGGUGAUGGAACGAUGUCUUCCCACCCCGCCGUCACAGGUCCAGGAAGUCGUCGGAGAAGUCGUCCACGGGAAGAUGGAACUCUUUCAUGAAGAAUGA